CCUGCAGGGAAGGGCAAGAGGCAGCGUCCAGCCCUGGGGACAGCCUUGGGGUCACUGUGAAGACCAAGCCCCUAGCACCUGCCCCUGAAUGAUGCAGGAGACCAGUCACAUCUGGGAGUGACAGCUGUUUGGGGCUCUCAAGGGCCUCAUGCUUCAGGUCCUCAGCUGGCAGGGAGCCAGCAGGGGCUGUGAGCAGCUGUGCUCUUAAAGCGCCAGGCUGCUCCUUGAAGCUUUCAAAUUCUUCCCACAGCCCUGGAAUACAUCACCUAGGUAACCAGUCUUAACCAGCCCGCCUGCCUUCACCCCAGCAGAGCAUUUACAGGCAGAAUCCUUGCAGGGAGAACAGCAGCGUUUUCCACCACCAGCAUUAUCUGACCAUGGUGAAACUGGGCAGUAAUCUCUGUGAGAAGCCAGACAAGGAGCAGGGCACCGGAAGCGGUGAUGACAGCUUUGACAACAUCCCUUUGAUAACGCCGCUGGACGUCAACCAGCUACAGCAGCCCUUCCCUGACAAGGUGAUCGUCAAGACCAGAACAGAGUACCAGCUCCAGCAGAAGAAGAAGAGAAAGUUACAUGUCCCUGGAAUUAAAAAGCUGAACAUAAACCUAUACGAUGAAGUAUCAGAGAAGGUCAAGCUGACGGGGUUGAUUCUCAUCACGAUGGCCUUCCUGGCCUGCCUGCUCAUGCUGGUCAUGUACAAGGCACUGUGGUAUGACCAGCUGACUUGCCCAGAGGGCUUUGUGUUUAAGCACAAGCACUGCACUCCCGCCGCGCUGGAGAUGUACUAUUCAGAGCAGGAAGUGGGACCCCAAGGAAGUCUCUACACAGCCAUUAACCACUUAAAUCAAGGCAAGAAAACCAUCCCUGACCUGCCUUCCCCUUGGUUACCGGUCAUUAAUGCCUUGAAGAAAGCUGAGAAAGGCAAAGAGGAUCCGGCUGGCAUUCAGCAGUAAGGGACAGGAGCCAGACACACCUGGACUGUGGUUCCGGGAGUGCGUGUAUUAACUUCAAGGAGAGUAUUAACCCAUUCAAAGCUAGUUUUGUGUCCCAAAUCAACCAACAAAAAGACAAUGCUGAAAGGGCGCCUAGGGCAGGACCAAAUUGUUUUCUUUCUGGCACAGAGAAGAGAUUUUGCUCCAUUCUGAGAGAUGCCCCUCCCCCAAUCUCUUGAGCAUAAAAACGUGGUCCGAAUGGUUAUUCUUUGCUUUUCUUUAUUUCUGUAUUUAUAAUGGGGGCUGCCGGGGGAAUCUGUCGGCGCGGCGGCCGAAUAGCCAUUAGAACGCCAUGCCACACCAAGGCUGAGAUAGUGUUUUUCUGCACCUCCAUGGAUAAUUUGAGAUGGACUGAAGUAAUACUCUUCUUCGUGCUAUACAGGGGUUAGCUUUUGUCUGCACACAUUGCAUUAACCCCAGAAGGACCUUUCGGUCCCUGUCCAGUAGUGUUUCGUUAAUGGUUUUUUCGACACGGUGGUUGCGGAGUGCCCAUGACCUUCUUCAUGUCAGGAGGGAAGAAAAUAGGCUAUGGGCAGACCACAAAAAUAGCAACCUUUUAGAGCAGCUAAGUGCUUCAGUGUUGCUAUCCAGUGCUGUAUGGAGGCAAAUGUUAACACGCAUUGCACUUUAAUUUGAGUAAGCUUUUAAAUGUCAUUUAUGCUUCGCUAGUCUCAGUUGCAAUUUGAUUGCUAAUUACCAGGCUAAAUCUGACACCAUUUAAUUACAUUGCUGCUGGCUAGGGUACCUUUUUUGUUUGGUCAUUAACACAUCUUCAAGUCUGUAGGAUCUGGUUGGUGUGAAAUCACUGUGCCACUCUCGUUUGCACCAUGUGUUUGUGUGUGUGUGUGUACUGCUUUUAGGCCUUCGUUGUGGAACAUCAUUGGCGAUUUUACACCACUUUGUAUAUUUUUAUAGAGAUUGUGAUUUGUCACCUUGCAGCAAAGCACUUCCAAGUGUCUCCAAGUGCCAAAAUGAAUGUGGUGAUCAGCAGCUUUUCUGUAAGUAAAAAUAAAUGUACAUCUUCACCAUG